GAAAACCCAGUGGCCCAGGAGGAGGAGGAAGGAGGAAGGAGCAGAUCUGUAGAGAAAUGUGAGAGCAGCCUGGAGGAGCUGAGAGCCAGAGCUGCCUCGGUUUCUGAAACGGUGGUUUUUGAGUGAUUCUCUUCUGUUUUAGAACAUUGUUACAGUGGAAAGUGUCAAACAAAUUCUUGCCCUCUUAAAGCUGAUUUCUCCAGUUCACUUGACUUUUCUUCUGGGAGGGGAAGAAAGGAGAGACUACAUGGACAUGAUCUAUCCCUGCUCACAGGAGUGUGCCGGAGACCUAAUAAUAAUAGGCAGUUAAUGGGCCUCGGACAUUGCUUUGAGUAGUGGGAGGCUGGACAGCAUCUGUGGGUAGUAAACCCCAGUUUAGGGGCCAAGAGACUGAGUUGCUGUGACAGGCCUUGAGCUGCUAGUGCAUUCCCAGUUCUGGGCAGGACGCUGUCCUCGUCUCUCUCUACCAUUGGCCCAGCCAUGGCACUGAAAGGGCGAGCCCUCUAUGACUUCCGCAGCGAGAACAAGGAGGAGAUCAGCAUCCAUCAGGAUGAGGACCUGGUCAUCUUCAGUGAGACCUCGCUGGAUGGCUGGCUGCAGGGCCAGAACAGCCGCGGGGAGACAGGGCUCUUCCCUGCCUCUUACGUGGAGAUCAUCCGGUCCGGUGCCAGCCCCAACCAUGGCGACUACUCCAGCAGCCCAGGCUCUCUGGGCACCCAGGUGAGCUUGUACGACAGCUCCGGUGUGGCCAGUCCUUCCAGGAGUGGUGGGGUCAGUGGCUUCCUCUCACACCAGGGCAGCUUUGAGGAGGAUGAUGACGAUGACUGGGAUGACUGGGACGAUGGAAGCACCGUGGUAGAGGAGCCUCGGGCUGGUGGGCUGGGCACCAACGGGCACCCCCCUCUCAACCUCUCCUAUCCUGGUGCCUACCCCAGCCAGCACAUGGCCUUUCGGCCCAAGCCAGCCCUGGAGCGGCAGGACAGCCUGGCGUCUGCCAAGCGUGGCAGCGUGGUGGGACGCAACCUCAACCGUUUCUCGUGUUUCGUGCGCUCUGGAGUGGAGGCCUUUAUCUUGGGUGAUGUGCCCAUGAUGGCCAAGAUCGCCGAGACGUACUCCAUUGAAAUGGGCCCUCGUGGGCCCCAGUGGAAGGCCAACCCCCACCCGUUUGCCUGUUCCGUGGAGGACCCCACCAAACAGACCAAGUUCAAGGGCAUCAAAAGCUACAUCUCCUACAAGCUCACACCAACCCACGCCGGCUCGCCAGUCUACCGGCGCUACAAACACUUUGACUGGCUCUAUAACCGCCUGUUGCACAAGUUCACUGUCAUCUCGGUGCCCCACCUGCCGGAGAAGCAGGCCACAGGCCGCUUCGAGGAGGACUUUAUUGAGAAGCGGAAGCGUCGACUCAUUCUCUGGAUGGACCACAUGACCAGCCACCCCGUGCUGUCCCAGUAUGAGGGCUUCCAGCAUUUCCUCAGCUGCCUGGAUGACAAGCAGUGGAAGAUGGGCAAGCGCCGGGCCGAGAAGGAUGAAAUGGUGGGUGCCAGCUUCCUGCUCACCUUCCAGAUCCCCACAGAGCACCAGGACCUGCAGGACGUGGAGGACCGUGUGGAUACCUUCAAGGCCUUCAGCAAGAAGAUGGACGACAGCGUCCUGCAGCUCAGCACCGUGGCUUCGGAACUGGUGCGCAAGCAUGUGGGGGGCUUCCGCAAGGAGUUCCAGAAGCUGGGUAGUGCUUUCCAGGCCAUCAGCCAUGCCUUCCAGAUGGACCCCCCAUUUAGCUCUGAGGCCCUCAACAGCGCCAUUUCUCACACGGGCCGCACCUAUGAAGCUGUCGGUGAGAUGUUUGCCGAGCAGCCCAAAAACGACCUCUUCCAGAUGCUUGACACGCUCUCCCUCUACCAGGGCCUGCUCUCAAACUUCCCCGAUAUCAUUCACCUGCAGAAAGCCAUUCUGUGCUGAGCCCGUUGAGGUAUCAGGCUGAGUCUGGGAACAUGGAGAUGACUGGGGCCCAGGCCUUGCCCUUGAGGAGCCCAGAGGCUUGUGGGGGACAGGGACACAGAUAACAAGAGCACAGAGUGUGGCCUGUCUUCCCACUCCUCUCAAGCUCUACUUCCUGCCCUCGUGUUUUGGAGCCUGUUCGUCCCACUGCAUACCCUAUCUGUGAGCUCCCUGUCCAUGUGCGGGAGGCCCCCUGUCCCCAUUUUGCAGAUGAAGAAGCUGAUGUCCGCAGAAGGCUGUCUGCACAGGGAGUCCGUGGUUCAGCUGAGACUGUCCCUUCCUCCUGCGCCUCCCUAAGGACACAACCAUGUUGGCCAGUUCCCAAGCCCAGCUGUGUUUUCAGUUCUCAUGGCCCCCCUCCGUGGGGGAGGGACAGGAUGAGCCCCUGUUACUGUUGGGCCGUCAAGGAACUGCCAGGGAAGUGACUCAUUCCAGGUCACCUAGGGGCACCCGGGCUGGUCCAGGGGAGGAACAGGGGUUCGGGGCACUACCCACAUGGCCCAUUCAACUCCCCCUUCCUGAAACCUGGCUUCUCUUGCCUGCGCAGUGAAUGAGGGGCUGAACUGGCAGGUGGCUGAGUCCUGGGACAACAGGCCGGGCAGAUGUCAAGAGAGGUGUGGUUCUCCCUGGGGCUGCUUGGUAACUCCGGAAGAUCGUCUGCAGGGCGUGGGGCUGGUUCCCGGGCCCCUAGGCCCUGAGGUCAGGACUGGCUUGGUGCGGAGUUUUCCUCUGGGUGGGGCCCGGAGGCAGACCUCUGGACUGAGCCAGGGGGACAGCAAACACCACCCUCUGCCUCUGUAUCCAGGAGAGCCCGAAGUACACCAGCCCUGUUCUACUUUACCAGGAGAUCGCCUUCGAGAACUUCUCCAUCUCCCAGGUUCCUUUCUCCCCUCACUUUCUCAUCCUCCUUCCUUUCCCUGCCCUUUUUUCUCACCUUCACCUUCCUGUCCUCCUCUUUCCACCUUCCUUCAGCUUCAGGAAACAUGAGCCCUGAGUUCUAGUUUUGGCUGUGUUCCCAGUUUGCUGGGUAUUCCUGGGAAGUGCCUUCCCCUCUCUGGGCCUUAGUUUCCUCAUCUAGAAAACAAGGGAGGGUCGACCCAGUGAACUCUCAGGAGGGGAGCCUCCUGGGGAGGAUCUGGUGGAGAACAGGGUCAUGCCUUAGAGCUGACUCUGAGCUCUGGGGCAGGCAUACGGCAGAGGCGGCUGGCUGACCGGGGCCUGUGGGGCAGGUGUCUCCCUGGCCGGAAGUAGAAGCACGUUCACUGCUGCACUCAGGCCUGGGAAAGCUGGUUCAACCAGCUCCUUGGAUCGCGUGUGUCUGUGUGGGCAGUGGGGGGGGAAGCAGGGGCACAGUGAGUAAACAGCCACCCUGGGCCAGAGCUGGGGAAGGAGGGUGGCCUUUUCCCCAGCCAGGGCUCCCAGGGUUGCACUGAAGCAGGAAGCAGUGAUGCCAGGCCAGCCUUUCAGAGGAGCAGGGACGCAGAGCUAAGAGAGGCCAUUUCCAAGUGUCUCCUUGAGGUCUUUCUGAGAGUGAGGGCCCAGCAGUCAUCUGGGUUCAUGCAUUCAACCUUAGGCAGAGGUGAACCCACCCUCCCUCACCCUGAGGACCCCUCCCCAGUGGACCAACUCAUUUUGGCUUACUUUUCCUCCUUCUGGGCUGUAGCUGGGCCAGUUAGGGAGGAGGGCUUGGGAUCUGGCUGAGACAGAAUUGAGCAGGUUUGGAGGACCACGGCCUGAUGGGGGGAGAAGGAAUUCCAUGCUGGCCUUGUGGGUGGGACCCUUUUUUAGAGAGAGGAGCAGGAAAGUUGGGCCUCAGAUCUCCAGAAUUCUGUCUAGUCCAUCAGGACAUCUGAAAGAUGGCAAGCGUAUGGCAGAGGCCAUGGAAGGAAGGAGAUAGGAGGCUUAGGUGGGGUCAGGAGGCCAGGAUCUGGACAAAUAUUGCCUCUGAGAUGACCGUGAGGGUGUUUUUCCUCCCUCAGUGUCCCCCUUGGUAAAACGGAUCAUGGAGUCUACUUGGCACUGAGAUGAAGGCCACCACUCUAAAUGUCUGCCCAGUGGCCCAGCAGUCCAGGGGUCUCCUAAGAGAAGAGGAACCAUAUAAUUAACCAUUGAAACCUGGGCAGUCUUGGGGUAAAAGGGGCCCCAGUCAUAGUUACGCUGGGACAAGGGGAAAUAGUGCCUAUCCAGGGCCUCUCCCUGUGAGCCAGCAGGGCAGAGAAGUUACUGUGGUCCCCUGUAUUUUCCCGAUGAGGUGCAGUGAGGUGGGGAUGAUACGCAGAGCAGAAAUUGGGGCCCAGGGGUGUCUGAGUACACCACCCAGGCUGGUUCCCCUGUGCCAGACAGAUGGGGUGAAGGAGAACCCCAAGGGAUGGGUGCACAGGUAGAUGAGGCAGAGGGGAAGGACGAGGGAGGAUGGGUGCUUAGCACCCUGCUAACUCAGUUGGCAUGCUUGGUGGGCUGGAAGCAGACCCAGGAACUCACAGUGUGUGGCAGCGGCCAUGGGACUCCUAGGCUGGCCGUGGCAGCAUGUCCACAGCAGGACCAAGUGCUUGUCUGGGGGGAUGGGCAGGUCCGACCUCUGUGUUCCAGGCUAUCAUCUAACCCUCCCUCUCCCUCCCCUCCUAGACUUCCAUAAACAAAGAGAAGCCUCUUGCUACCAGCCACCAGCAGCUGGUUCUUGCUAUGACUGAAAAAGCAGUCUGCACACGGAUGCACGGAGCAUCUUAAGCUCUUGCUCUGUUGGGUGCUAGCCUAAGUACUUUGUACAGAUGAGUUCUGUUAAACCCUAACUACACUCUAGGGUGGGGACAGUUAUGAUCCCAUUUUUUAGAUAUAGAAACUCAAAAUCACUGUACUGCCAAGAGCAGUAGUCAGUGGCAUCCGACCUAGUCCAGCCUGUUCCACUGGACAGCUGGGAGACCUCUGGCCCAGUGGCUUUCUGGAAGUGACACAGCUGGGACGGGGGCUCAGACCUCCUGUCCCUGACGUGGGUUGGGGGUGAUUACCUCGGAGAGGUGGGGACAGGAUAGAUUUAGGUGGGAGCUUCGGGAGUGUGUCUGGGACCCCACCUCCUUUCCUAGUUCCUGGGAUCCAGCCUACAGGACACCUGCCAGGGCAGGAGGCUUCCCUGGGUCCUGAGCUCUGGGGUUGAGUCCUACAUGGAAUAUAGCAGAGCUGCCCGAUGGGCCUGAGCCCCGACUCCCAGCCUGUCUCUGGGGUAUGUUAGGGUUGGUCGGUCUCAGCCCCAGAUCUGAGUCACAGGGUGGAGAGGUGACAGAGAGCAGGGUGGGACCUCCGCCUGUCCCCUCCCCUCCACAGCUUUUGUCCCCUGUUGCUAGCCCCUGCCUGGGUGUGGAUACCUAGCAAUUGCAUUAGAUUCAUUUCUAUUACUUGGGCCUCUGUCUCCCCAUCAACAAAAGGAAACUUUCUCUCCUCCAAGGUCAGAAAAGCCCUCUGGAAUCUGGGUCCACCCUCGCUGCACCCAGAUUUUUUUAAGGCAGCUGGAAUCUAAGGUAGUUAGUGUGUCCUUUUCAAGUAGGUUCCUUAUCUGUUAUCUGGGGGCCUCACGCAGAUGGGGUGACCUGGGUGACCUGGGUGACCUGGCAUGGGGUCUCUGCAGUAGAUGUCCACCCCCCCAGCCGUGGGGGGCACCUCUGCACCCCCACAUAUGGGGCACGAAGGAGGCUGGGAGGCCCUAGGGAAGUCCUCCCCGGUAGGGCCUCAGUUUCCUCUGUGCUGCUGGCCUCUAGGACCUCUUUAGCUCCGAAGUCUCUUAUUGAGUCCUUGUGCUGGGCCUUGGGAUGGUCCCUCUUGUGCUGCCCAGACUUGGGCAGUUGGGAUGGAACAGGAGGUGGGAGGUGGCUCAGGGAGGGUGGCAGAAGGAGCAAGUGGGUUGGGAGCUGGUGACGGCGGAGUUCUUUCGAGUGGAGUGUGAGCGACCCUGGAGAUCCUCCAAACUCGUGUCUGCCCACCCCAGAUGUCCCUGUUAGCCAUGCACUUGCCAGCUCCUAUGGGUGCCUCUGUAGUUGUUUCCAGUAUGUGGAGCCCUGGGCCUGCCACAGAGUAAAUGACCGAAAGAAGGAUCUCGAAUGCAUUAGACAACUUGAGCAAGAGUCAGAGGCCCCCAGCGGGCUGUUGGCGUGAUUGGAUGCUUCUCAAGUGCUCGGGGCUGUGUUGUCCUGUGUGCCGGGCCUUCCUGUACCUGUACCCUGCUUUGCACAGUGCAGUCCCUACAGCCCUGCAAGGAGUGCACGCCAGGCCCCGGAAGACGUCCUCCUUCCCCCGGCAACUGGCCCCACAGCCUUCAGUGCACAGUCAGUCAAGUGCCUGUUAAUGCAGAUCUGAAAUUCAUUCGCCAACUGCUUGCUGAUUUAUUCAGAUUCUUCUAAAUUGGGUCCCCUGCUCAGGUUUGUCCCCCAUCUGCCAUCUGUCACCUGGUUAGUGUAAAGCCUCCUCUGGUCCCUCUAGGCUGGUGUGAGGAGGGGCAGGGCCUGUGUGUGGGGAGACACACACAAAAGAAAAUUCCAGGUGGCUUUGAGGUGCUGUUUUUAGAAUCAGUCAUGUGAUGGGGGUCGGGAGCGCCCUGGAGAGGGGUCAGGAGGUGUGGGAGGCAUCCGACCUGGGGGCACUGUGGGAGGCUCUGGCAGGGAGAUGCUGCCCGAGUCUGAUCAGGGGCCUUAAAUUAUGCAGAAAGAUCUUGUGGGCAGAAAGGUGGUGGUAGGAAAGAGCAGGGUGAGUUUGAUGAACACGGGGUCAGCGUGGAAUGGGUGCAGGGGCUAACUCCUGGAGCGCCUCCCGGCUGGGCAGACAGCCAGCAACCUUCGUCUGCGGGUAGAGGGGCGUCCCUCUUGGCUGUUCGUCAGGUGCUGUGGAGAACCUCUUAGACACUGGGCCUGAGGUGGGAGCCCCUUUGUUGCUGCUCAUGGAGGGACCAGUCGAAUCCGCUCAUCAGACGUGUACCCAGCUCUCCUGGGGGCCAGGCCUGGUCCUGGGUGCUGGAGACACUGAGCUCACAGAGCAGAGGGAGGCAGGCAGAGCAAGCACAGGGUGGUAAGAGCCGGGGCUGAUGGAAGCCCCAGGAACACGGGGAGGUACCUCAUGCCGUGGGGGGCUGCUGGGAAGGCUUUCUGGAGGAGGUGACGUCCGAGCCGAUUAGGAGCCAGUGUGAGAGACGAUGCUGGUGUUGGGUAAGGACGGCCCUGUCCUGGAACUUGAUAGAGCCAGCAGGGCUGUGAUGGGCUGGGUGCCACAGGCCGCUGGCAGUGCCCCAGGUCUGGAGGGAAGAUGUCCCGAUGGUGAGGGUUUGGAGGAGGUCCUGGGGGAGACACCCAGGUGGCUGUCCCUGAGGGGGCUCCCGGAGGGUAUAGGGAGCAAAGCGGGCAGACCAGAGCCCUAACUUCCCUUGUCCUCCUCCACUGUGCCCG